CAUAAAUAAAUCCAAAACCCUUUUUUUUAUCUCCCUUUCUCCUCCCAUUUCUCUCGCCUCCUCCUCCUCCUCCUCCUCUUCCUCCGUCUUCCAAAACCCCCGUUCCCAUUUUUCUCUGCAAAAAUGAGGUCCCAAAUCUUGAGAUCUGUGCAAUCAGCCGCUCACAAAUCCAACUAUACCCGCAAUUAUGCAUCCUCCGCCGCUAAUCCUGAGCGCAAGGUCACCAUUCUCGGCGCCGCCGGUGGGAUCGGCCAAUCUCUCUCCAUGCUUAUGAAGCUCAACCCUCUUGUUUCCACCCUCUCUCUAUACGAUCUCGCUGGAACUCCCGGUGUUGCCGCCGAUGUUAGCCACAUUAACACCCGCGCUGAGGUUGUUGGUUAUGCAGAGGACAGUCAAUUGGGGAAGGCACUAGAGGGAUCGGAUGUUGUUAUCAUUCCUGCUGGUGUGCCCAGGAAGCCUGGUAUGACACGUGAUGACCUCUUUAACAUCAAUGCCGGUAUUGUGUCAAAUCUCUGCAAAUCUGUUGCCAAGUAUUGCCCUAAUGCUAUUGUCAACAUGAUUAGCAACCCUGUGAACUCAACAGUGCCUAUUGCCUCUGAGAUAUUCAAGAAAGCUGGAACUUAUGAUCCCAAGAAGUUGUUUGGUGUGACAACUCUGGAUGUGGUUAGGGCUAGAACUUUCUAUGCUACAAAGGCUGGCCUUCCAGUUGCAGAGGUCAAUGUCCCUGUUGUUGGAGGACAUGCUGGCAUAACCAUUCUCCCAUUGUUUUCUCAAGCUUAUCCACAAGCCAACCUCUCAGAAGAUAUUAUUGAAGCUCUUACAAAGAGAACACAAGAUGGAGGAACCGAGGUGGUUCUUGCAAAGGCCGGAAAGGGUUCAGCCACAUUGUCUAUGGCUUAUGCUGGAGCCUUAUUUGCCGAUGCCUGCUUGAAGGGACUUAAUGGUGUUCCAGAUGUUGUGGAGUGUUCAUAUGUAGCGUCGACUAUCACUGAAUUGCCUUUCUUUGCUUCUAAGGUGAGAUUAGGGAAGGAUGGAGUGGAAGAAAUCUUUGGACUGGGCCCCCUCUCUGAGUUUGAGCAAAAAGGUCUGGAUAACCUCAAGGCUGAACUCAAAUCAUCCAUCGAAAAGGGAAUUGAGUUUGCCAACAAAAAUUGAGAGUUGUGACAAACAUAGUUCAUGUUUUAGGAAUCGAGCUAUUUAAGAUUUUAGCUAUAGUAAACCGCAUAAUUUUGCUCGUUGCCAUCAUUUGAAUGAUCUGCUGUUUUUGCAUGGCUGGAUUGAAUGAUCUGCCGUUUUUGCAUGGCUGGAUUGAAAUGUUAAUAAGAUGUAUGAACCUUACCAUUUGCUGGGAUCAAUUGGAAAACUUGUGAGUUUUUUAA